AUGCCGACCGAAUUUAUCAGUGUAACCUUUCCCAACGCCUCUACGGAGAUCGCUCCGAUACCUGGUGCUGGCAUUGACCCUGAAUUCUUGGUCCGCUACGCAAAGAACUUGGACGACUAUGGCUACAACUACACUCUCGUUCCCUAUGGCUCCGACUCAUUUGAUCCUUUCACCAUCGGCGCGACUAUCGCUGCCGUGACCAAGAACGUCAGUGUAAUUAUCGCCCUGCGGCCAAACACCCUGUACCCUACAGUCGCUGCAAAGGCCCUGGCAACACUGGACCAGCUUAGCAAGGGGCGUGUUGUUGUACAUUUCAUCGCUGGCGGCAGCGAUGCCGAGCAAGCCAAGGAGGGUGACUUUCUCUCUAAAGACGAACGUUACGGCCGCUUGGAAGACUACAUCAAGAUUCUGCGCCGAGCGUGGGAGUCGGAUGCGCCCUUCGACUGGGACAGCAAGUAUUACACCUUCAAGGGUUUCACCAACAAGGUCCGCCCUACCAAGGGUACAAUUCCCGUCUCAGUUGGCGGCUCUUCCGCAGAGGCAUACCGCAUCGGUGGCUCCCUUGCAGACAUUUUCGGACUUUGGGGUGAGCCGUUGAAGGAGACGAAGGAACAAAUCGACCGCAUUUACGCUGAGGCCGAGAAGGCUGGCCGCAAGGACCGGCCCCGCAUCUGGGUUACCUUCCGUCCAAUCAUCGCCGAGACGGACGAGCUUGCAUGGGCCAAGGCGCACCGCACGCUUGACGCACUCAAGGGCAACAUCUCUGCUGGACAAGGCAAGUCAGGUCAAACAGGCCCGGAGCCCCAGAACGUGGGUUCUCAGCGUCUCCUCGACAUUGCCAAAAAGGGCGAGGUCCAGGACCGUGCUUUGUGGUACCCCACUGUAACCGCAACCAAUGCUCGGGGAGCGUCUACAGCUUUGGUUGGGUCUCCCAAGACUAUCAACGACUCCAUUCUGGAUUACGUCGACCUCGGCGCUGAACUCAUUUCCAUUCGUGGCUACGACAACCUUAACGACGCUAUCGACUAUGGCCGCUACAUCUUGCCUGCCGUCCGUGAGGAGUUGAAGAAGCGUGAGAACGGUGCUAACGGCGCAUGA